UUGUUCAAAAACGACUAUAACCGACAUUGUGUUUUAAUUGGCCAUAUCAAACCCUAGAUUUCUUUGAAUGGAGUCAUUUUCUCCAAACAAUUCUGGGUUUUCUUCCCAGGAAUACUCAUUGUGUUCUCAAGAAUUCAUCUAUGGUUGGCAUGACGAGUACUUGUUUGAAGACAAUUACAUGUCAUCACUACUUGAUCAUCAUCGUGAUCCCUUCUUCAACGUGAUCAAUCAUGGUGAUUAUUCACUAGAAGAGAUGUUUCUUCUUGAUCAUGUUCUCCCCAAAGAAGCAGCAAAAUUAGAGCAAUCCAAUGUCAAGGAAGAAUCGGUCACUUCCAUUAAUGACGACAACUCCAGCGGAGAAGAAGAAGAAAAGUUUGGCAUCCCCAAGAAGGAGAAGAAGAAGAAGUCUUACAGAGGGGUUAGAAGCAGGCCGUGGGGGAAGUACGCGGCGGAGAUAAGGGACUCCACAAGAAACGGGGUUAGGGUUUGGAUUGGAACGUUUGACAGCGCAGAAGCAGCAGCUUUAGUCUACGAUCAAGCUGCAUUAGCAUUACGUGGCUCGUCCGCGAUCCUCAAUUUCUCAGAGGAAGUGGUGAGGGAGUCCAUGAAGGAGAUCAACUUCUCUUGUGAGGAUGGAGAGUCUCCUGUCUUGGAAUUGAAGAAGAUGUACUCCAUGAGAAGAAAGUCAAGCAUUGUCAGGAAAAUUACAAGUACAAAGAGAAAGGUAAGGUCAAGUAACUUGGUGGUGUUUGAGGAUUUAGGAGCAGAGUACUUGGAACAACUACUCAGCUCUUCUUGUGAGUUUUGAUCAAUUGUCAUUUCAUUCAGAUUUUCUUGGGUUUAAAUUUUGAUUGAUCUCUCUAUAUAUUCCUCAUGAUUUGGGAGGGGGCAUAUACAUAUAUGAGAGCUAGAGUGGGUUGUGUCAUAGGAAAUUUUCUCUCUCAAUCUCCAUUAUUGUAGAAACUGUUUCUAUCAUCAACUUUCUGUGGAAUUUAUCCACAAUUUGUUAGCUUCCUAGAAAUUAAUAAUGAUGGUCAAGUUGUGUUCAUAUGUCCUGAUUAGUGGAAUCACAGUCUGUCUCUCACUUUGGAAAUGUAAUGUCAUCAUCAAUGUCGACAACUGUACUUAAUUUGUUCAUUCUACAAA